AUGGCAAUUCCAGUAAUCAACUUAGAAGAGCUAAAUGGAGAGAAGAGGAACCAAACAAUGUCGCUUGUCCAUGAGGCCUGUGCAAAAUGGGGCUUCUUUUGGGUUGAAAAUCAUGGAAUAAAUGAAGGAUUAAUGCAAAAGAUCAAAAGUUUAGUGAAAAUGCACUACGAGGAGAACAUGAAAGAUAGCUUCUAUGAUUCAGACAUAGCAAAAACAUUAAAAACUCAUAACAAAGUUUUCGAUUUCGACUGGGAAAGCAGCAUUUUCAUUCGUCAUAAGCCUGAUACAAGCACUGAAGCCAUUGCAAAUCUAAAACCUGAGCUCUGCAAAGCAAUGGAAGAUUACAUCGAUCAGGUAAUAAACUUGGCUGAGAAGCUGGCAGAAACUAUGAGUGAGAACCUCGGAUUAGAUAAAGGUUACUUGAAGAAGACAUUUUCAGAUCCUUACAUAGGAACCAAAGUAGCAAUAUACCCUCAAUGCCCAAAACCAGAACAGUUCAUAGGACUCCGAGCUCACACUGAUGCAGGUGGAAUCAUUUUAUUGCUCCAGGAUGACUAUGUCUCAGGACUUGAGUUUUGGAAAGAUGGGGAGUGGGUGCCAAUAACUCCUUCAAAAUAUAACAGGAUAUUUGUGAACCUUGGUGACCAGUUGGAGGUUGUAAGUAAUGGUAUCUAUAAAAGUAUUUUGCAUAGGGUUCUUCCUAACAAAGACGGUAGUCGUCUCUCCAUUGCUACAUUUUACAAUCCUGGUGCAAACGCCAUAAUUUCCCCAGCGCCAAAGCUCUUGUAUCCUGGACAGUACCGUUUCCAAGAUUAUCUUAAUUAUUAUGCUGACACUAAGUUUUCUGAUAAAGGAUCACGAUUUAAGACUAUAAAGGAGAUGCAGGUGUAG